CAACCUUCCGCUCAGUGCCUUGCCCCCUCGUCGCCCCGUCGUCGGCGUCGCCCCAGCACCGCCAGAUCUCCACCGCAACCCUUCGUCGUGCCCCUGCCAGCGCCGUUCUUGUGUGGAUCUAUAGUUCAAUUCGGGGAUCGACUGAUCUACUGAUCAAUUUGAGGUAUCAUUCACUUAUUAAUGAUGGGAGUUCAAUACCUGUUUGACUGAGGAAUGAUGCGACUGCGGCAUCCUUUCAGUAUGUAUGGUAUUGGAGAUGCUUUUGCCAUGGACACUAAUCAUCAGCUAAAAAAAAGAGAUGCUGAGAUCUCAUUGCAGAGACUCUCAAUGUGGGAAGAAGAAGAGAAGAACCGCAAUGAAAUGAGAAAGAGGAGCUUUUUUGCUGAUUUACUUAAUACUGCCCGUGAAUUUCAACUGCAGGCACAGGGUGCUUCUAAAUGACGAAAAGUGAGAAUGACCAUGUUCAGCAAUGGCAUGGAAGGCAAAGGCAAAGGCAAAGAGCUACACAUGCAGAAAAGUUGAGGUCCCAAGCACUGAAAGCAGAUGACCAAGAAGCAUAUAUGAAGAUGGUAGAGGAGAGCAAAAAUGAACGCUUAACAAUGCUUCUUGGGAAAACAAAUGAGCUCCUUGUUCGCCUUGGGGCUGCUGUUCAGCGACAAAAAGAUGCAGAGCAUACAAAUGAUCUUGAAACUCUGAAGAGUCAUUUUGAAGGCGAGCACUUUCUUAGAGAAGGACAUCUUAGAGGAGAGUGCUUUCUUGGUGAACUGCAUUGUGAUUCGUCACCGUUGUUUAUGCUUUUUGAUACUAACAGUGAUGGACUGAUAUCCUUUCUGGAGUAUAUCUUCUUUGUCACGUUGCUCAACAUUCUUGAAUCAAGCUUCAGUGUGGCGUUCAAAAUUUUUCAACAUUAUGAUGACACCUUUCUCACGUUCCUCAACAUUCCUGAUAAUAUUUAUUUAAUUGAUAUUUCUUAAUUAUGUGUUUUUUUUUAAUUUUCAGGCUAUCCAUGCAAGAUUAGGAGGGGGGUAGCUCGAGUCUUUUUUU